ACAAAGCUGUGAAAAAUGCCACAGUAGUGUGCUGAAAGAAUGAAACUUUAAUGGAGCUUCCAUUAUUUUCUUUUUAAUCUUUCAUGUUUUUAUAGCAAUAGUUAUAGUUGUUUGAGGCACAGUGGACAAAAUAGCAGGGAGAGUAGCUAGAUAAUUGCAGCAAACUGCAAACUUUGCACUCUGAACAUCCCAGCCAAUAGAGAGCAAUCUCAUGGAGUUUAAAGGCCAAGAAGCUCAUACCAUUGCUAAAAUGGGGGUAUACCGCUUUUGUAUUUGCGAUUAUGUCACAUUUUUACAUUUUAAGCACAAUUUUCGUACAAUUUUAUGUUGCACUACGGUAUGAAUAUGCAAUGGUCGAAAGCAUUCCUUCUCGGAGUAACUGUUCUUGAUUUUGAUCAAAUAUAGCUUUCUUAUUCACCCCUAUUUCGAAGACUUGAGAUCCUCCGAUGUCAAAGUUGAGCGGUAGGGUUGUCAUGUCUUUGUUGCCUGUGUUGCACCUCAAAUGUAGUGAAUAGAAGUGCGGGGUAAAUGGAAAAAUAACCUCUAUCUUCACUGAAGAAACAAAUUCAAACAUUUCUCAUAACAGGGUUCAGUCUGCCCAACAGUUUCAGGCUCUCCAGGCCCAAUACUCAAACUUCACCCGCAACCAUCAGGUCCACUACCCAGAGAAUCAGCCUGGAGAGGCAGACAUGGCGAAUCCAGAACCCAUGAUGGAUCAGCAGGAACCUGCCAACCUGACAAAACCCCCAGCCAAAAAGAGAGGCAGACCAGCUCAGCCUAAGGAACCAAAGGCACCCAAACCGCCAAAAGUCCCCAAGGCAGCAAAGCCGCCUAAAGACCCAAAUGCACCUAAAGGAAAACCAGGUCCAAAGCCUAAGAAGGCCACUGAACUUCCUGCUGACGGCAAACAGGAAAAGAUUGAUGAGACCUUCAAGAAGGUAAAGAGGAAAGUGGACCGUUUCAAAGGAAUGUCAGAGGAGGAGGUCAUGAAGAAGACUCUGCCAGACCUGCUGGACUACAACCUGGACUAUGUCAUUAUUGGUAUUAAUCCAGGGCUAAUGGCAGCUUUCAUUGGACGAUGGUUCCCAGGUCCUGGAAAUCAUUUUUGGAAGUGCCUGUUUCUGUCUGGAUUUACUGAUGAGCAGCUCAACCACAUGCAUGACAACACCCUGCCUGCCAAGUAUAAAAUGGGCUUCACCAACAUGGUGGCCAGGGCAACACCAGGAAGCAAAGACCUUUCAAGCAAAGAGCUACGUGAAGGAGGCAAAAUUCUUGUGGAGAAGUUGAAAAAGUACAAGCCUCUUAUUGCAGUGUUUAAUGGAAAAUGCAUCUAUGAAAUGUUCUGCAGAGAGCUGUUUGGCAAAAAACCCAAAACUCUUGAAUUUGGUUUACAGCCCCACAAGAUUCCUGACUGUGAUGUGGCUCUGUAUCUGAUGCCAUCGUCCAGCGCUCGUUGUGCCCAGUUCCCUCGUGCUCAGGACAAAGUCCACUUCUACAUCAAACUGAGGGAGCUCAGAGAUCAGCUAAAGGGUGUCCAAAGAAGCACUGAGAUCCAGGAGGUUAACUACACAUUUGACCUUAGUUUGGCCAAGGAGGAUGCCAAGAGGAUGGCGAUAAAGGAGGAGCAGUAUGAUCCAGGGUAUGAAGAUGCAUAUGGUGGAGCCUAUGCAGAGCGAGGACCUGAAGAGGGACAGGCUGGCGGCAAGACAAACGGUCACUGUACAUUCUCAACUGCUGAAAACACAGAAGGAGCACAGGCAGCGACCACGUCACAGACAUCAGAAGGACAGCUACCAGACGGACAGUGGAUGACCCAGUCGUUUGCAGAUCAGAUUCCAGACAUAAGUGGUGGACCAAAGGACAGCAGCGUAUGAGGAAAAAGGCUUUAGUGUCUGUGUGUUGACCUGUACAGACUUCAGCCAAGUCAGUCCUUUACCUCUUUUUGUCAGGUUUUAGAUUUUUCCUUUUUACUAGUGUCUGAGCAGAGUAUAAACACAUAGAUGGACCUUUUAGAAAUUUUGCAGAAUAUUCUUUCUGCGCAUUUUAUUUCGUUUGUGGUCUUGUAAACAUGUAUGAUCAUCUUCACGGCAGUCUUUUUAAAUAUGUGAAAUCAGGGACUUGACAAUGUUGCUUGGCUGUCUUUGGAGAAGGUCAUGUAUUUAAACAUUUGUUUUGCCUUUGUACUGUACUGCAUUGUGAUGCAGUAAGUGUAAACUUUUACAGCUACUGUUGUGACAGUAGAUGAACCUUCAGAUGUUAUUUUAUAGGCUUGCCUGAUCAGUGCAGCCUGUAUGAGCCUCUGUUUACAGUGAGGACUGUGCUGGCAUUAAUGUUUUACUUCCAUGGUGCUAUGAACUAACAAGAUGCAAAGUGAUCACUUGUUGAAACCACACUCGUCAUGAUGUGUCAGAGGUCUGACAGAAGGAACCUCUGAAUGUUACAGAACUCAAAAUGAGUUCAUUUUAAUCUUUAUCACUUUUUUUGCAUUAGGGAUUUUAGCAUUCUGCUCUGUGUUAAUGAAAAUGUCAUUCACAAGGAAUUUUAUGAAACAUUUGUCAAUUAAAAUGUCCUGAUGAUGCUUUUUCUACA